AUGUGGUCCCUAUUUUUUAUUAGUUUUAUAUCAUUUUUUACACUUUCCCAUCAACAGUUUCCUCGUCUGUGUGCCAAUCGGGAGUCACUUCUCUCCAAGGAGUGCUGCCCGGCCUGGGAAGGCGAUGGCUCGCCCUGCGGAGUCAGCUCGGGCCGGGGCUCCUGCCAGGAUGUGGUGGUGCCGGAGGAACCGGAUGGGCCGCAGUACCCCUUCUCCGGUUUGGACGACAGGGAGAAGUGGCCGUUAGUUUUCUACAACAGGACUUGUCAGUGUGAGGGGAACUUCAUGGGUUACAACUGUUUAGACUGUAAGUUUGGCUACUAUGGGGAGAACUGUACUCAGUGGAGGGCGUCUCUGAGGAGGAAUGUUUUUCAUCUAUCCCAUGAUGAGAAGAUCAAACUUGUGUCCUAUUUGAAUCUGGCCAAGCAGACAGUCAGCAGGGACUAUGUUGUGGCCACAGGAACAUACCAGGAGAUGGAAAACGGCUCUAUCCCCAUGUUUUCUGAUGUGUCUGUGUAUGAUGUGUUUGUGUGGUUACAUUACUACGUGUCCAGGGAGGCUCUGUUAGGCGGCCCUGGAAAUGUAUGGAGCAAUGUGGACUUUGCUCACUGGGCCCCUGCAUUCCUCCCCUGGCACCGUCUGUACCUGCUGCUGUGGGAGCAUGAGAUCCGGAAGCUGACUGGAGAUAUGACCUUUACGAUCCCGUACUGGGACUGGAGAGAUGCCCAGACAUGUGACGUGUGCACAGAUGAGUUGAUGGGGGGCAGUACCCCCCAGGAUCCCAGUUUCCUCAGCCCAGGCUCGGUCUUCUCUUCUUGGCAGGUACUUUGCUCCAAAGCAGAGGAGUACAGUCUUCAAGGUGUUUUAUGUGAUGUCACCGAAGAAGGACCGUUGCGCCGUAACCCUGGAAACCACAACCGUAACCUAGUUCAACGGUUACCAACUUCAGCAGAGGUGGCGUUCGCUCUCAGUCUGAGCAACUAUGACACUGGACCCAUGGACCGCAGUGCCAACAUGAGCUUCAGGAACACUGUGGAAGGAUUCGGGGAUCCUCAGACGGGGAUAGGAAACAGCCCUCGUUUAAACAUGCAUGCUGCUCUCCAUGUUUUCAUGAAUGGAUCCAUGUCUUCAGUGCAGGGCUCAGCAAAUGACCCCAUAUUCCUUCUCCACCAUGCUUAUGUUGACAGUAUUUUCGAAGAGUGGCUCAGGAGGCAUAACCCGUCUUCUGCACAGUAUCCAGAGUCCAAUGCUCCCAUAGGACACAACGCCCGAUACCACAUGGUGCCCUACCUGCCCCUCCGCAGAAACAGAGACUUCUUUAUUUCAACCAAAGAGCUGGGAUAUGAAUAUUCAAAUCUGUUAAAUUCUAACCAGCGGAUAGCAGAAGCCAUGCGUCCUUACCUGGAUGAAUUGAGGAAUGUGUGGCCCUGGCUUCUGUUUGCUGGGCUCAUGGGAGGAAUUUUAGCGGUGUCCCUGGUUGCUGCUUUCCUAAAGGUUAAACAGCGAUACCAAUGGCGACCCAUGGGGGAUUGGAACAACCCCUGUUCAUACUUUACUGCCUACUUAUUCAAACUUUUCCGGAUCCCAGAGAAAAAGCCAAUUAUCUUGGACAGCAUCACAGAAAAACAACCACUUAUCCUGGGCAAUGUCACAGAGGAAACCAGCGCCCGUAACUACCAGACAACUAUAUGA